UUGGGCCUGACGCCAGACAGGCGCGCGGGGUCACGUGACGCGGCCGCCGGGCUGCCGGGCCUCCCAAAAUGGCGGUGUGCGUCGCAGUGAUCGCCAAGGAGAAUUAUCCCCUCUACAUUCGCAGCGUCCCCACUGAGAAUGAGCUGAAGUUCCACUAUAUGGUGCACACGUCACUGGACGUGGUGGAUGAGAAGAUCUCAGCACUGGGGAAGGCCCUUGUAGACCAGAGGGAACUCUACCUGGGCCUGCUGUACCCCACUGAGGACCACAAGGUGUAUCCUCUCAUGCUCACCAGGGCAGAGGAGGCCCACAAUCCCCGUGCCGAAAGCAUGUUCCCUAACCAGAUGCUCAGGUAUGGCUACGUGACCAACUCCAAGGUGAAGUUUGUGAUGGUGGUGGACGCCUCCAACACAGCGUUGCGGGACAACGAGAUCCGCAGUAUGUUCCGGAAGCUGCAUAAUUCCUACACAGACGUCAUGUGCAAUCCAUUCUACAACCCUGGGGACCGCAUUCAAUCAAGGGCCUUUGACAGCAUGGUGACGUCCAUGAUGAUCCAGGUCUGCUGAGUGAGGCCUCGCUGCUAUUGGUCAGAAACACAUCUGUACAUAUUGUAUCAUGAGAUGUGUAUGUGCCGCCCCUAGCCUCUCCCGAGAAACGUGCCUGCAGCCAGACUGAAGCCUCCUGGAUGUGGAUCACUAAAGGUCGUGUGAAGUCAGA